AUGUCGAUCCGCUUCCUCCUUUUCCUUAUCAUUCUUCAAGUGGCUGCGAACAACCGCGUGCUGGCCGAUAACAAGGUUAUCCGACAGAAGCGACUCUUUGGCGCAUUUGGUGGUUUCCAUCCCCCUGUUAUACGACCUCCUCCUCCACCACCACCGCAACGACCGCCUCCACCUCCACCACCACCGCAACGACCACCUCCACCACCGCCCCAACGACCGUCGCCUCCUCCCCCCCCGCGGCCACCAUCUCCUGCAUCACCAAUAGGACCCAAACCGGUCACUCCGGCUGUGUACGGACCGACACAACCGUCUCGGAUAUCUCCGACCAAACCUUCUGGUUCAGUGCCUACACCCGUUCGUCGUCCUGGAACGACUGGCGUUUCGGUGACCCCAUUACAAGCACUGACUACAAAAAAGCCCGAAUCUCCCGAUGAGCCUGAUAUGCCCGACUUUCCAGAUCCACCAUCAUACGACGGUGGUGAUCCAUCUCAGGACACCCCAGCCGCACCGCCCGUUAAUGGUCUGACCACCACUACAACGAUCAGCAUGGAAGGAAACGCCAAUACAACAACCACAGCAAUCGUUCCAGUGACGACAACCACGGAGAUCGAUCCGAUGACGACAACCACGGAGAUCGAUCCAGUGAUGACAACCACGGAGAUCGUUCCAGUGACGACAACGAGGGAGAUCGAUCCAAUGAUGACAACCACGGAGAUCGAUCCAAUGACGACAACUACGAAGAUCGAUCCAAUAACGACAACCAUCGCGAUCGUUCCAUUGAUGACAACCACUGACGCAACAACAACUGAUACGAUAACGACGAUGGACACGACCACCAGCGGGUUUACUGCAAGUACUGCGACACCUAUCAUUGCUCGACGACGUCGUCGUCGUCGAUCGAUGCUCAGUGAAUAG